AGAUUCUCUCCCUUUUCUUACCUUUCAAAUACUCCCCCAUUUCUUCUCUCCCAAAAUCCCCAACACAAAAACCAAAUCGUUUACUACCAAUUCAUUCACAACCCCCACGCCGCCUCCUUCUAAAUCCUCGAGCGCCACUUGUCCGCGCAGAACUUCCGGCAGGACGACGGGGAGACGCGCCGCCUGCUCAUCGCGCUCGCCGGAGACGCCACGCAGGAGCGCGGGCACGCGUUCUUCUCGGAAGUCCAGUUCAUCCCCGCUCCAGAUCUGCGCCAGAUCGACUCCCUGUGGUGCAAAUACAGCGAUGUCCUUCCAUUCUCAGGUGGUACGGAUCAACAACAUGAUCCCAAUCCACAAUCUGAUCCAGCCUUCAAUGCUACUAUGUGUGCAAUGCUAUUCCAGUUACGACGAUCUCCGCUCCUGGUCAAUGGCAUAGAAUGAUGUGCGAGAGAUCUAUUCUCAGGUGAGCUUGGCACGAUAGACUGUUGCCACUUCAACUACGACUCUAGAUAUAGAGGAUUCUCCAUCUUCAAUGCGGCACACGUCAGAUGCGCCAGGAAGAGGUACUUAUACCUGAAGGUGAAGGUGAAGACUGGUGGAUUAUCCUUCAAGUGCGGUAAAUCUCCAAACGAUGUUUUUAUAAACUUGUAUUAAUGGUGCUAGUAUUUCAAUCCAUGACAUUUACGUGUUGAAUUGAUAUUUUUUAACAAUCUAAUGCAAGUUGAUUGGAGGUUAGAUCGAAUUGUGGAUCGGGAUCUUGUUGUUGGAGGUUAGAUCGAAUUGUGGAUCGGGAUCUUGUUGUUGAUCCGUAUCACUUUUCGUGGGAUAAGAGACAUGGCAGUGGUGGUUGACAAUGUACAGUUGAUUAAGGAUAAGAGGAGUGAGGAGGUUGAAUUUGAAGACGCCAUUUUCUUCAUCAAUUUAAUAUAAAAUGAGAUUGAACAUCAAUUAAUACAUACAUUAGUAUUAUACAUGUGAUGAAUGAAGUGGAGCAUCAAUUCAAAAAAACUAUACAAAACUUGAUUUAAAGAAACAUCUUAAAUCAAAAUUUAAAAUUGAAUGCAUGAAUUAAAAGCUCGAAAGUACUCAAUCCUAAAGCUAUAAAAAUCAAAAUUUUUUAGAAGUGGAAGCUGUUGUAAAACGUGAUGAGAUUAAAGGCAUAAAGGUAUCCACUUUUAAUGAAGAGGGGAAGAAGAUAUGGGAAAGAACUUUGAUUUGCAAUGUUAAAUGGUUAUCUUAUUAUGAUUCUAUUAAACAAAGGAAAACAACAAUUAAGAAUAUGAGUGCUUAUUAAUGCAAUUUGACAUUUUUUAAAAUGGUUAAAUAGGUUUAGUUGAUGGAAAGUAUAUCCCUGUUGAAAAACUAACACUUGAGUCUACAAUCUGUGCUCAACUUUUGACCAUGUUGUCUUUGGUUAGAAAAGGACUUGGAUUUUAUAAGUUUGGAUAUUGGUAAAUUAAAAUGACUUGGAUGGCUCAUUCCUUGCUUUUUAUUUUCUCUCAGGGGCUUCGGUUAAAUCUUCUACCCUUCUACCUUUUAAAAUGCUUUUAAAGAUGUAACUUAUACGGAGUAACAUUAAUCUAUCGCAAAUACUCAGUUCUUCAAAAAAAUAUCAAGAAAAAGAAAGACUUACAAAGAUGGUUAUUUCUACUCAAACUACACAUUAUGCUUUAGAGUAUUCAUAUAUUUUAUCUCCAAAACUAAGUAUACAUUCACAAGAUAGGAAACAAUAUGUGCACAUUGUCAAAGCUCGUGCGAAGCAUUGGAGGUAGUCCUGUUAGUUCAUGCAUUUAGUUUUAAAUUUUAAAUUUAGAUAUUUCUUUAAAUCAAGUUCUUUCAUCAUGCAUUUUUUAUGAGGCACUCUCAAGACAGUCCCUUCAUGACGUUGCCAUAUAUGCAUCAGUUAGUUGUGCGAACAUCAAUCUUCGACAAAGUUGUUGCUGCGUACUUAAUUUGUAUUAAAUAAUGUCGAUCACUUCAAUAUACUACUAUCGCAAUACAUUGUUUGCAUGAUUCGUACUGACAUCGGUCUCGAUGAAAUAUAUAUCUAUUUGAGGAAUUGUAGCUUCAUCAUACUAACUCUGAAGCUUUCUUUAGAUUUUCCCCUAUCCAAUCAAUCCCUUCCCUUUAUCUUCUUCUUCUCCUUUCAAAUACCCCGAUCCCCCAUUUCUACACCCCCCAACACAAAGAAACCGCCGUCCUCCUCCUUCCUAAAAAAACCCGCCUGCACCACCGUGGCCGUUUCCCUCGGGGUCUCGAUCUUGUCUGCCGCCCCCACGGCGGUCACUCCCACCUCGCAAUCCGCCGCCGCCUCCUUCAAUCUUCUCGAGCGCCACUUGUCCACGCAGAACGUCUGCCACGUCUCCCGCAGCUAGAUCGAAAAGGCAGCGCGGGAGAUGUGUGACCAACUCCACAAAGACUUGCAGCUCUGGCUGCCGUCAUUGAGCGGCAAGUCUCUCUGAAGUUGGUGGCAUGUCUCCCGCGCUGCACCUUCGAUCCAGCUGCGGGAAACGUGACGAAUAGUUGUGUAGUUUGCUUGGAACAGUUUGAGCCGGGGAGGAGCUAUCGAUGUUCCAACCGUGCUCCCACUCGUUCCAUGCGCCCAGUGGCUGGCUCAAAGGAUAAUAUUAAAGUGGGUGGUGUAGUUGAUUUUUUUGUGUUCAAGAAGAUAAUUAAAAAAUUGAACAUAUAAAUAAUACUUUCACCCAAAAUCUAAAUAUGCAUUUGCUCGAUUGGAUCUUUGAAUCUCAAGGAAGGCAAAUUUACAAAGCGAAACACUUUCCAUUAUUUUGGAGAAAUAAUAAAUCCACAAUUUUCUGAAUGACAUAGGUCUCUCAAAUGAACCGGUAUCAUUUAGGCCAUGUUUGGCAUUAGCGUCAGAGAUUAGCGUUGGAGUUUCGAAAAAGCUAUUCGAUGGUAGCUUUUAGCGUUAGUGUUUUCAGAAUUAAUUUGCACUGUUAAAAUUUUAUCCAAAACGCUAACGUUAAUCGAAAACGCUGUUACCAAACAAAGCCUUAAUGAUAUUGGUAUUAGUCUUAUCUUUGUCUUAUUUUGUGUAUGAACUUGGUCCAAUGUAAUUAGUCCGACGUAAUUCGGUAUGUUCUAAAGGCUUUUUUUGGAAGCGACAGUGUUCGUUUAUAUCAAUCAAGGAACAAAUUCGUA